AUGCCUCGGAUACUCCGUGAUCACGGUCGAGGAAUUGUCGUCACUAAGGGCCAGAGGCAAGGUAUCGCCCCCAUUCUGGCUGGUAUCGGUACGUAUUCGGAAUAUGCGCUUCAGUUGACGACUAAUCGCCUCAAGUCUAUGAACGACAUGUACUCUUUGGAAAUCAUUUCUAUGGCUACUUGGUGGUAUGCCUUGACCUGCUUUUUUAAGCUGGAAUCCACAAAUUCCUUCAUGAACGAUGACAACCUUUACUUUGGACUGCGAUCGCUAUACAAGCGCGCAAUGUCGUUACCGAUGGCACCAAAUCGGGGCUUGUCGAUAAGUGCUUAUUUUGCUCUCUCUUCCUGGAAUUAUCGUUGA